AUUCUCAAAGGACAUUUUGUUGUUGAUCAUAUGGAUGUUAAGAUGAGAAUUUUCUUUUAAGGAAACAAUAAACAUGUAGAUAAUAUUUUCAAGAAGCACCAAGGGGAUAGUGCUGUUAUUUAUAAUGCUUUCGAAAUAUUUAUAGUGCUUUUAUUUAACUAUAAUUUUUUAGGUGACUGAUCUAACUAUAACUCAGGACUUGUGAUAAGAAACUUAAAAGUCUUAAAGGUAUUUGACAUCCUAUGAGCAUCAAAGUUAUAAUAACAUAAAGAAAUGAUAAAGUUAUUCGCCUAAUACUACUCUGUUCCCUGUUUAGUGGGCAUGCCAACAGACUUAAUUUGGUUAUGUUUACAGUGGUUCAAUUUUGAGAAUUCACUAAUAUAUGUUUAGGUCAUUUGCUAUUUCAUCCAUCACCACCUCAAUUUCACCCUCGUACGUGCAAAUCUCAACAUUUCGGUGCCUGUCUACUACACUGUAUUCCUCUUCUUAUCCUACGCCAGACCCUCUUCCAAUGGGUGGAGAGGACCAGACGCCAUCAUCUUCUCUUUUGCUUGAGAAACAAUUUGAAAGUUUUUGUGCUCAGUUAGAUGAAUCUGGAAGCUUGCGGGAGAGAAUUCGUGGUGUGGCAAUGGAGAUUGAGUCCACAACAAGGCUUAUGCAUGCUGGUCUUCUUCUUGUUCACCAAUCUCGUCCAAUUCCUGAGGUUUUGGAAAAAGCCAAGGCUCAAAUUGGUUUACUAAAGCAGCUAUACAACCGGCUUGCUGAAGUCCUUUCUGAAUACCCUGGACAAUAUUACAGGUAUCAUGGUGAUUGGAGGAGUGAAACACAGACAGUGGUCUCGCUGCUAUCUUUUAUGCAUUGGUUGGAAACAGGAAGUCUGCUCAUGCAUACUCAAGCUGAGGAAAAACUUGGACUGAACAACUCAGAUUUCGGAUUGGACAUUGAGGACUAUCUUGUUGGUAUCUGUUUCAUGUCCAAUGAAAUGGUAAGAACUAUACUCUGAACAAGAGUUUAGUCUAAUAAUUUUAGUAAAGUGUGGUAAAAAUGAGAAAUUUUAAUGAUUGUGAAAG